UGCUGAUUAUUGAAUCCUCAGCUUUUUUUUUUACACAAAUGGGUGUGGCCAAUAAAACCAAAUAAAUAAAUAUAUAUAUACAUAUAUAUAUCACUAAGAACCAUCAUGUAGUAACCACGAAGAUGGGCCAAGCUUGUUCUGUAAACUGGAAUGCAUGUGAACAGAAGCGGACACACUAACACAACAUAACAGUCCUGCUCCUGUCUGUUUUUCAUGGCCGCCAUCUUGGCUCCUGUUACGCAAUCGGAAAUAUCUACAGUGCUGUUGAAUCUACUGACUACAGCGUCAGAUGAAUCUGCUGAUUUAACCAGUGGGUAUUUUUCUAGAACAAAAGCUCUGAGAUCCAUAUUCGAUCGUCAAUCACGUUUAGCGCGAGCAAAAACUUGUUUUUGAGCCGAAAGCUCCGCUGCGCAUUCUGGAAUGCGGGUGCCCGCGUGAUCUGUAGAGCUCUACUGCAGCAGCAGCCAAUCAGAGACGCGCAUCACGGCACGCGCUCAGUGUGCCCGCACCCACACUCACACUCUGCGCGCUCACAAAAGCAGAAAGCAAACAAUGCACGCGACCCUGGAGGGAAAAUAUGGACGAAUGGAUGAAUUGAAUGCAUCAGUCGCGCUUUCGAGAGGAGGACGCUUCGAACGCAAGGUGUAAACUGACAGUAUACCGAGCCCAAAGGAAGGGAUCCUUACUUGUGAAGACACUGCCAAUGUUGAUGACUUAUACAGUGAUUUUUGGACCGUGGGAUUGUUAACCCGAUGCCUCGACCAUGCGUUCACAACAAAGUUUCAUCUCAUUCAUGAACAGCAAGGACAGCGCUAUACCUAGAAAAGACGUCGAUCGCAUGUGCUGUGCAAAAUGCCGCUUUUCCACCAAAGACACGGACCUGUUCGAGAGACACGUGUCCCAUCAUAAGGAGGUGACGUUCUCUUGCGCGCUUUGCAGCCAUGUCUCCUAUUCUAAAACGGAGUCUCAGAAACACGUCGUCUCGCACACUGGCUCGUACCCGUACAGGUGCAGCUUCUGCUCGUACGGAGCCGUGCGGAGAGAUUACAUGGUGAAGCAUAUUCUUCGUAUACACAAGAGACACGCGGAGGAAGGCUUCAUAACCGAUUUCUCUGUAUCUGCCUCAGAUGGACAUCCAUCUGUUCCUGAUGCUCUCGGGAUAUCAGAUUGGCCGGAGAGGAACGACCAGUGUGCAGUUUCCAAUUCCCAUGUCGAACAACCCAGCGUAAGCCAACCCAACCAAUCAUCUGUUAUUGGCUCGUGUAAGACGGCGAGCCAAACCAGGAGUAAUCGUGCGCGUAUGACCUACAGUUUCACGACGCCGUGCAUCGCUAAUGCAACAACCGUCGUUCCAUUUUCUAAGACUCAGUUCGCCGGUGCCGUUCCUAGCUGCGCUCCAAGCGCGAGUCACCGGUUAGGCAAGGUGCCGCAAGUGGUUCUAAGAUCACGGGAGGCAAACGGCAAUCUACUGAACACUCUGCUCGGUCCCGAAGGGAACGACAAGGUGGUCAGUAGCAGGACCGUUUUAGAAAAACCUAUUCCGAAAGCCACGUUCCCAAGAGUCCACGUUAGCUCUACAGAACCACUACAGCAAAGCCCAAGGAUUGGUUUUCCAGAAAAAGCUAUGGCUGCAAAAACCAUUCCCAGAGUGCAGGUCCGAGCACCUGUUGAACUGAACACUCCGCUUAGAACACUGCUCAAUACGCCUUUAUCCAAGAGGAAUAUCCAGAUGGAUCAGAGGACUGGUCAGUCCACAGCAGGGACAAACGCUGGGACUCAGAAACCAGUUGUACUUCCCAGCGUUCCAAUCAAAACUCCACCGCACUCCAUUGCAGAAAAGAGCAACCAGUCAAGAAUGAACUCCAGAGCUCCUGUAGGAUCAUCAGCAGAGACAACCAGCCCGUUAUCCAGCGUCCAAGUGGAACUAUUAGCACCUUUGAACCAGCCAAUCCAACACAACAAGCCUUUGACCGUGUCCUGUCCAGAGGAGAUCAAUAUUCCUGCCGGGUGUUUAGUGGAAUUGGUUGAGGUGAAAAAUGUCAACGGGACUCGUGAGCUGGAGCUACGGUUGAUCCCACAAGACCAGAGGAGCAGCGUGGGUGAACCUUCACCAGCCGCAGCUGGAGGAAAACUGUCCUUCAAGUGUCAAGUUGCCAAAGGGUCUCCAGUCAGCCCGUCCAAGUCGUCAGCAUCUCACAAGGCCAAACAGCAGCACUCUUCAACAUGCACCAGUGUUCAGACGAUCACAAAGACUGUUCAUUCAGCACACAAACCACAGUGUUCUUCAGAGAUGCCGGCCAGGAACAAGCGCAACCUAAAAACCAAGGAUCCAGAGAUCAUCACGCUUGAGACUCCAGAGUUAAGUUCUGAAAGUCUUCCUGUGAUCUCAUCAGUUUUCUCUCUCUGUCCUACACCUACAGCGACUCAAAGCAUCUCAAAGCCCUCGCCAGAAACGCAGCGCUGGACAGUAGCGAUGAAGGAGCCGAAGGACGAGGCGAAGAGCGCAGAGCAAUCACUGGUCUGUAGUAUUCUGAUUAAAAAGGAGGAAACUGAGGAGAAACCCAAAGGAGCCUCUCUGGGUCUCAAAGAAACAAAGACGGAGGAUGCGACUAGCAAAGGCUCUGGAAUAUCUAAGACUUGUGGAAAAGUGAAAACAUCUGAGAAAACUCAUUCAAAACAAGCUCCAAGUUCAGCUCAACCAGUGGCUGUGCCAAACCAGAGCUUCGUUCCAUCGAGCAAGGAUGACAUUUCACAGCAAGACAAGGGAAAUUCUGAACGGGAUCCUGGACGGAACGUGGAUGGCUGUGUUUCCAACAUGUAUCCAAAAGUAGCUUUGUUCAGGAUUCCCAGUUCUUUGUUGGAACCCACCAAGAAGCUUCCAGAAGCGCCGAUACGAGAGGAGAGUUUGACGGCGCGACCGGUUCUCUGCUGCACGCUCAGCGAGCAGAACGCGUCCGGCAGUCCGGAAGUGGCCAUCAAGCUGAUACUAAAGAGAAACCUUUGUGAAAACGAAGCGAAGCGCCAAGAUUCGCCACCGCGUAAAAAACACAAGAAAGAAAAGAGAAAAGCCAAGAAACGCAGGUCAUCGUCGGCUGGGAUGGGCCUUCCUCGUCUCUCAACCAAAGCUCACGAAGAACUGAGGUUGACUCCUCUGAAAGCGAAUCAGCGCAUCAAGAUUCCCGGUCCGGACCAGCCGGUUGUGGUUCUGAACCACCCGAAUCCUUCAGUUCAGGCGGUCAACGUUGGCGUCCAAACCCUCAAGAACUAUAAGUGGAUUGGCUCAGUGGAUCACGAGCAGGAACAGACGGUGAGGAAACAGCCUUCAUUCAAGAUGAAACUCAAGAAAGUUCACGGACAGAAGUAUCAGGUAAUUGAGUUCGUUCUAAAGGGAGUCUCUGAGAAACCGCUCUCGUAA